AAGUGAGGGAAGUGAGAGAGGGUGAGAGGGCUUUUAUAGUGUAGGGUGAUUGGAUUGAAGUUUUGGGGAAAUAGAAUUCCGAAGCAGCAAAGAGGAAAAUGAAGAGAGUCUUCGGGGUCAAGAAAGACAAAGAACCUCCUCCUUCUGUUCAAGACGCCACCGAUAGGAUUAAUAAAAGAGGUGAAACAGUGGAUGAGAAGAUCAAAAAGCUUGAUGCUGAACUUAGUAGAUAUAGGGAGCAGAUCAAGAAAACACGACCUGGUCCAGCUCAAGAAGCUGUUAAAGCUAGGGCCAUGAGGGUUCUCAAGCAAAAACGGAUGUAUGAAGGGCAGCGUGAUAUGCUUUAUAACCAGACUUUCAAUCUUGAUCAAGUUGCAUUUGCUGCCGAAGGAAUCAAAGAUGCUCAACAGACUAUGUCAGCUUUGAAAUCUGCAAACAAGGAGUUGAAAGGAAUGAUGAAAACUGUGAAGAUCGAAGACGUCGAUAACUUGCAAGAUGAGAUGAUGGACCUGAUGGACAUAAGUAAUGAGAUUCAAGAGUCACUAGGCAGAAGCUACAAUGUUCCUGAUGACAUUGAUGAAGAGGAACUCCUGGGAGAGCUUGAUGCUUUGGAAGUGGACAUGGGAACAGAGAUGGAUGCUGAUGGGGUGCCCUCUUAUCUCCAACCUGACAAGGACCAUGAUGUGGAAGCUGAACUCAACUUGCCUUCUGCCCCAAUAGGACAUGCAACAAUCCCUGUGGGCAGAUCAAACGUCCAGGCUGAGGAUGAACUUGGUUUACCUGCUGUGCCUCAUGCAUCUAUUCGCAACUAGCAUGGGAGCUGCUGGGCAGAAAGAAAUUGCGCAGAAUUUAAUUUGAUUUAUGUUAUUCAACUGAUAUCAUGCGGAAUAUGGGGUUGGUUAUUUGAUAAAUAAAAACUGAUGCAGGCCUAAUUUGGCUACAGACACAAGAAGGGGCAUGUGUACAGGCAACUGCACAAAUUUGAUUGUGGUAAUCAUUUUUUAAUGUUUUGUUUGUUUUUCUGUUUGUUAUAA